AUGCCUCCAAGAAGAAAAAGAGUUUCCAAAGAAGAAGAAAAUGAGAAAGAUUCGGGAAUUAAUCAUGACAACAAUGCUGGAGGUAAUGCAGAUGCAACUGAAUCAGCAGCCUCUCCUAGCGUAGUGAAGUAUCCCCCUGGGAAGCAUCCAAAGAUAGAGGAAGAUACACCUACUGUUGAUUAUGAGACUCCAUUAGAUCCAAGGUCUGAGCUAUUCACCGAGGAAUGGAAAAUUCCAAGAUUCAACCUUUUCAUUAAUUUCAUUUUAGAUGAGCUAAUCGAGAAAUACAAACUCUUAUUUAAAGAUUUUAUUAAAUUACCCAGUAGAAAGUUUCACCCCCAAUAUUAUUAUAAAAUUCAACAGCCAAUUUCAAUUAAUGAAAUCAAAUCAAGAGAUUAUGAAUUCAACAAUGGUCCUAGAACUUUUCUGUUGGAUGUCGAAUUAUUGACUAAGAAUUGUAGAGCAUAUAAUGAAACAGAUACUUUAAUUGUUAAAAAUUCUAUGCAGAUUGUUAAUUAUAUUAAAUGUGAAAUUUUAAGAGCUAAGAAUAUUACAAAGAAUUAUUUAAUCUCCGAUCCAAUAAGGGUUAAAUUAUUAAACUAUUUGGACAAGGUAUACAAGGUAACCGACAAAGGAGUAGAAAUGGAAUUGGGCAACAAAAUUUCGAAUCUAGAUGAUAAACUUCACAUUAGUGAACCAUUUCAAGAAUUGGUAUCUAAAGAAGAUCUACCAGAAUACUAUGAGAUAAUACAGAAGCCACUAGCAUUAGAUACCAUAAAGAAUAACUUAGAAUAUGGCAUUUAUACAAAAAUAUAUGAUUUUCUAAUUGACAUGCAGCUUCUAUUUCAAAAUGCCCUUGUAUUUAAUAGUUCAGAUUCCCUUAUUUAUCAAGAUGCAAGCAAAUUAUUGAAUUAUUUCAACCAUUUAAUCGAUAAAAAGUUCUUUGCUGAAUUAAUUGAUGCGAGCGAAAGAGGUGAGCUAAAACUAGAAUAUGAUAAAGUAGAAUUUGAGCAAUAUUUGGCAAAUGGUGGUAACACCAAACCUCUAGCGGGACCAUUAUUACCAGAUGAUGAUCAUGACUUCGAUUUUGAUAACAUAGAAGGGCUUGGAAAUGGUUAUAAUAGAUCAUUAUUAACUGAAGAUUAUUUAUUAAGUGGUAACGUAAUACCAAGUACAACGACAAACGUCGAUGCACUUGUGGCUAAUGUCGAUACUAAUGAAGUUAAGAGACGUAAAUUAUCACCAGAAUUAGAAGACGAAUCAUUAAAAAUAAUGAAAUAUAAUAUUGUUAAGGCUGUUACUAAAGAUUCCGCAGUAAGUCAAUAUCUGUUAGACAAGAAACAAUUCACAUUUAUAAGGCAGGUCUCAAUAUUUUCAUCAAAACAUUUAUAUAACGUUGCAACUAAACCUAUGUCAGGUUCAAGACCAUCGUGCAAUCAAAAUUGGGUAGAGUAUAAAUUCAUAGGUAAAGAGUUAAACCAGAAUGAAAACGCAUUUUCAUUCUCUUUAGAACCAAUCCAAUCAUUCUUAACUCUGGAAUCUACGUUGAAUGAGAACAAUAACACAUCAUUUGAAACUGUAUUAAUUAUGAAUAAUGAAAUUGUAAAGUCUGAUAAACAAGCAAUAAUGCAAAAACGUCAGCAGCAGCAAAAUCAAAUAAAUCACGACACACAUAAUAAAGAAAAUUCAAUUGAUUUGUCUAAGGAUCAAAAUGAAUCGUUGCUAGGCCCUGAGAAAUUCGAAUUAAGAUUACAUGAAGGUCUAAAUCAAUUGGAGUUCAGAUGCACUGAUAAAAUAUCUGGACAAAUAGAAAAAAUAAAAUUCUGGAUCUCCAUAUAUCCAUAA